CUACGUUCUUCCAGUCAGGCAAUUUUUGAAUGACGCUUUUCCAUGUCAAUGGAUUGGACGGAGAGAUCCAAUCGAAUGGCCGGCGAGAUCUCCCGAUCUAACACCUCUUGACUUUUUUCUCUGGGGACAUUUGAAAUCCUUCGUAUUUAAAACAAAACCGGAUUCAAUAGAAGAUCUUCGGCAACGAAUUAUUACGGAAUGCAGCAAUAUUCCAAGAGAAGUGUUCCACAAUGUUAGAACAGAAUUUGAAAAUCGAUUAUACUAUUGUUUAGCACAAAAUGGAAUGCAUUUUGAACAUCUAAUCAAAUAAAAUAUCAUUAAAUUUUUUUUAUUCGAAUUUUUU